AUCUCUAUUACAACUUAUUGAAAAGUGAUAACUAUGGCUCGUCUAAUCUGCACGAUCGCGAUCAUUAGUAUUGCACUGAUGUGUGUACUUGCGGAGGAAGAGAAAUACGAGGAUAAAUACGACGAUAUUGAUGUCCACGAAAUACUUCAGAAUGCUAAACUACGAGAACAAUAUUAUAAAUGUUUCAUGGUAACAGGACCAUGCGUAACAGCAGAUGCGAAAUUCUUCAAUAAGAUCCUCAGUGAGGCUUUACAAACUAAGUGCAAGCUAUGUACUGAAAAGCAAAAGUAUAUGUUGGACGAACUAAGUGAUUGGUAUACGAAAAAUGAGCCUGCAAAAUGGGACGCACUUGUUGCAAAGAGUUUAGAAAAUAUGAAGAAAAAAGCUAAAGAAUAAUUCCUGUAACAACCUGGCAAGAUCAAAUAAAUGCUGACAAUACUGAUGUUAAGAGAUAUUUACUAGUUAAUUACUAACAAAAUUAUCUUAGAUUUACAUUAUUGUCUAUCGCUUAAGUUUUCGUAAAACGAUAUUACUAUUU